AUGGCAAUGAACUCUGUUAAGGAAAAAUCAGCUGAGACAAAUGAUAUGGAAAACAUAUGCAAGUGGCAUGAAAUUCUGAGGAAGAACAAAUCUGAGAAGUCGAAGGAAGAACACCAAGAUCAUGAAACGCAUUUUUUGGAUGAUCCUAAUGCCAAAGUCAAGGUUCCUCCACAUGUAGUUGAGAAUCCUUCAAGCAAUGUGAAAGUGGAGGUUCCACCUCCAAUUGUUGCACCUCUAGUUAUUGCAACUCCAUUUGAAAAUCCUUCCGGCAAUGUUAAAUCCGAGGUUCCUUAUGUCGAUACCAACGUCGAGGUGGCACCACCAGUUGCUGUAUUUAGAAGAUAUUUGCGACCUGAAAAGGAUUAUCUAUCAUUUUCACUUAUUUAUAAAAAAGGCGAACGAUCACUUGAUCUGAUCUGCAAGGAUACAGCUGAGGUUGAGGUAUGGCUUUCGGGCCUUAAGGCAUUAAUUUCUACUGGACAGCUUAGAAAUCGACGAACUAGAAGUGAAUUAACAGAUGACAGUAAUGACAUUUCUCCAAAUGAUCGUCCUUUUGGUGGAGCACUAGAGUUUACUGCAAGUAUUCCCAAGGGAAGGUUUUCUUUUGAAGCAGUUCCUCGUGAAUCCACAUCGAAUAGAAGAUCUGAUGCGGGGUCAGAGCAUACAAGUAUGGCGCCAGUAAGGACAAGUGUUGGAGAUGGUUCCCGUGUUAGUGUAUCAAGUACUAACUAUGCUAGUAGUGUAGUAUCAGGACCAGAUGACAUAGAGUCUCUUGGUGAUGUUUUUAUAUGGGGAGAGGUUUGGGCUGAAGGCAAUUCCUCCGAUGGAUUAGGGAGUCAAGUCCCUUCCAAGAUAGACAUGUUGAUUCCCAAGCCAUUGGAAUCUGAUGUUGUUCUUGAUGUUAAUUAUAUAGAACCCGGUGUAAGUCACAUUGCUCUAGUAACAAGGCAAGGUGAGAUUUUUACCUGGGGAGAGGACUCUGGUGGAAGACUUGGUCAUGGGUUUGAUAAAGAUUAUGGUAAACCCCGUCUUGUUGAUUCCCUAGCCAUUACUAGUGUGAGUUUUGUUGCUUGUGGUGAAUAUCAUACAUGUGCAGUAUCUAUAUCCGGGGAUCUAUACACCUGGGGUGAUGGUACACAUAACGCGGGAAUUCUAGGUCAUGGAACUGAUGUUAGCCACUCCAUACCAAAGAGGGUCACUGGCCCUUUAGAAGGACAUCAGGUUGUAUCUAUAGCAUGUGGUGCAUGGCAUACGGCAUUGAUAACUUCCAAUGGGAAACUUUUUACCUUUGGCGAUGGAACGCUUGGUGUCUUGGGGCAUGGAGACAGAGAGAGUGUGGCAUAUCCAAAGGAGUUACAGUUAUUGAGUGGACAUAAAGCUGUUAAGGUUGCAUGUGGAGUGUGGCACACAGCAGCAAUUAUAGAGGUUAAUGAUCAAUCUGGUUCAAGUUCAAAUACUUCUUCGUCAAAGAAACUAUUCACGUGGGGUGAUGGAGACCAAUAUCGUUUAGGUCAUGCUAACAAGGAAACUUACCUUCAACCAACUUGUGUGGCUGCACUUGCUGAUUAUAAUUUUCUACAGGUUGCAUGUGGACAUAGUUUGACCGUUGCGCUAACCGCAUCCGGUCAUGUUUUUACUAUGGGGAGCAAGGCGUAUGGUCAACUAGGAAAUCCAACCUCCGAUGGAAAAGUGCCGAUUCUAGUAAGAGAUAAAUUACAAGGAGAAACUGUUGAGGAAAUAUCGUGCGGCACACAUCAUGUUGCUGUAUUGACUUCAAGAAGUGAACUAUAUACUUGGGGGAGAGGUGCCAAUGGAAGAUUAGGGCAUGGAGACAUAGAAGAUCAGAAAACUCCAAUAUUGGUGGAAGCUUUGAAAGAAAGGCAUGUAAAAAAUAUCGCAUGUGGCGCAAAUUUUACAACUUGUAUAUGCAUACAUAAGUGGGUUUCAGGGAAUGAUCAAUCGGUUUGCUCCGGUUGUAGACAGCCAUUUGGUUUUACUAGAAAAAGGCAUAAUUGUUAUCAUUGUGGAUUGGUGUAUUGCCAUCCUUGUAGUUCAAAAAAGGCGCUGAAAGCAGCAUUGGCUCCAACGCCUAGCAAACCGCAUCGUGUUUGUGAUGCUUGUUAUGCUAAACUUAAAGGUUGCGAGAAUAGUAAUGCUUCCCAUUUCAAUAAAGAAAUUACCCGUCCUUCUAGUUCCGUGUAUGGAAGGGAAAAAACUGAGAGGGUUGAGGUAAGACCUUCAAAAUUUCUCCUGUCUUCUGCCACAUGUCUAGUGAAAUCCCUUGGAAGUACACAUGAAUCAUCUUCCAUGGCCGGAGACGCGUUACAAUUGAAAGAUAUCAUAUUUCCUGGUCCAUCAAGUGCAACGCAGAAAGCUUCCAGGGCUCUUAUUAUGCAGCAAAGCCAGGCUCCAACUCCACCUCCAUCAGCUAAUUCAAGACCAGCCUCGCCAUAUUCUAGAAGACCGCCUAGCCCGACACGGUCUGUCUCCCCUGGAUUUUCAAGAAGUCUUAUUGAUAGUUUAAAGAAGAAAAAUGAGCACCUGAAUCAAGAAGUUUCAAAGUUGCAGAACCACAUUCGAAGUUUAAAGCAAAAGGGUGACAUGCAAGAUAUAAAGAUUCGGGAGCUUCAAAAAAAUAUCGAGGAAGCCAAUCUAUUGGCUGGAGAGGAAUCUUCUAAGCAUAGAGAAGCAAAGGAAUUCAUCAAGUCUAUAACAGAAGAGUUGAGCGAAGUGACUGAAAAGUUGCCACCAGAGAUUCCCGGCAGUGAAACCUUGAAAGUGAUCCAUGCUCAAGCUCAAAAUCUUCUCAAAGAAAAUUUAGAAUUUGAAUCUUCCUUCCAACCGAGUUUCGAGUCUGAGCAACAACGUGCGCCUGAUAUACCAGCAUCAGAUGGUGACUCUUCAAACCUGCAAGAGCAAAGACUGGAAGGAAACAAUGAAGUUUCUGAGGUUGUUCGAUCAACAAAUGGAGCAGAUGAUCGUCAAGAAAGCAGUAGCAGCUCGUAUUUAUCAACUAAUGCAGUCUCUCCACCAAACUCGGAAAAUAGUAUCAGAUCACAGGAGUCGUCCAGGCCUGUGAGAGAAGGAGAAACAUCGGUCAUUGAACAAUUUGAACGCGGUGUUUAUAUCACAGCCAUAGUAAUAGCUGAUGGCAGCAAAAUUUUCAAACGUGUUAGAUUCAGUAGGAGAAGAUUCAGUGAGCAACAAGCAGAAGAAUGGUGGAGCAAUAACAAAGAUAGGGUGUAUAGAAGAUAUAACCCACCACCUAUAAAUAAUGAAAGUAUUGAUUCAUCUAGCACCCCACCUCAUGGCGAAAAAAAUGUUGAAGCAGCCUCAAUCAACCAAGUGUAGCGAAUUAGACAAGUUAGUGCAAACAAUAUCUCCAUUAUGAAGCAUUGAGACUGAUACAGACAUCAGACACAACACUGACAUUGACACGUACACACUGUUAAGAAAAUAAAAGUGAUUAAAUGUAACCACGUGUUGGUGUCUGAACACUGACACGGAUCGGACACAAGACAUGUCUUUAAUCUAAAGCUUCAGUGCUGCAUAAAUCUACGAAACAGUCAGGAAAUGACUUGCAAUAGAGGAUAGAAUAUGAAAUAGGAACAAUAUAGCUCAAGGUUUAGAGGUAGAAAACUUUUGUUUUGGACAUUAUUUGAUUUCAUUCUUACACUUUUUGUCCUUGUAACUCUUCCACAUAACCUUUGUUAUUGGUAUUGUACAUCACAUGUGUAAUUUAUCUCCAACAAGUUUAGAGAGGCUGGUAGUAUAUGAAUGAGGAUUGAGGAAUAA